UGUGCAGAGAAUGGGUCUCAGCAACACGAGCAGCUGCCUGCCUCUUCUGGUUAUCUUGUGCUGUAGUAUGUUCCAAGACAUUCUGUCCCAAGAUCACAAGUGUCAACCAGGUCAUCGAUUUGAUCCAUCACGAAACAACUGUUUGGAUAUCAAUGAAUGUGAAACGUCUCCAUGUGGACCUCGCAAAAAGUGUUGGAACACAGUUGGUUCUUACAAGUGUCGAUGCAAGAAUGGGUACAAUGCAAUCAAUCAGGACUGUGAAGAUGUGGAUGAAUGCCAGGAUAAAAAUGCGUGCGGAGUGAACACGACCUGUCGCAACUCUGCUGGAUCUUUUUACUGUGUCUGCAAAGCUGGAUAUCAGCAGAAGCAGGGAGACACUCAGCUGGCCUGUACAGUGGAUCCACUUUCAUGUCCUGUAUCUGAGAAGCAGAACUCUACGCUGUCGCAGUGCAACUUCGAUUAUUCAGCAAAUGCCCAGCAGUUAAACUCUGCAGAAGAUGUGCUGAAGUUAGCUGAUUGCUACCGUGAUAAAAUCUGUCAGAAUUUCAGUGGGACAAAUGAUGCCAAGGAUUUGACAACGUUUGUAAACAAUGUUCUUAAUAGUUCGCGGCUGGAUAGCAUGCAGACCACUCAAAGGCUGGAGGUGGCAACGGCCACAGUGGACCUCUUGGAGAACAUGGCAAUGGCGAUUGCCCUGAAACUACCCAGUUCAAAGGCAGAGACCAUAGAAACAGACUCUUUCGUUCUUAAGGUCAAGGUGCCUGAAAGGAACAGUGCGAGUGCAGACCAACUGGUGAAAUUGGACACUCAGAAUAAUUCCUUCGAGAUUUACUGGAGAACCACUGCUGGAGAAAGUAACACUGAGUUUCAGGCUGUUUCCUUAAUUGUAUUCAAAGACUUGGAAACCCUGCUGAACCAAGAGAUUAAAGGCGGCCGUCCAUCUCAGAACAAUGUGUCAUUAAACUCCAAGGUGAUAGCCGCCACCAUCAGCAACAAGGACAUCAGCUCUAAUCUGAAGGAAAAAUUUAAUUUGACUCUGAAACUCAACCAGGAAAAGGAAGAUGGUGAAGAGCCAAAAUGUGUCUAUUGGAGUAAUACCAAAGAGAGAAGUGUCUGGUUAUCUGAUGGUUGUAAACGGAUCCAUUCCAAUCAGACCCAUGUAAUCUGCCAGUGUAACCAUCUGACAAGCUUUGCUGUUUUAAUGGCUCCAGUUCAGACUGAGAUUGACGACAGGCUCUUGGAGAUAAUCACCUACAUCGGCCUCAUCAUCUCCCUGCUCUGCCUCGUUGCCUCCAUCGCCGUAUUUGUCAACUGCAAAUCCAUCCAGAAUGCGAACACCAGUCUCCACAAGCACCUGAGUAUCACCCUCUUCCUGGCACAGUUCAUCUUUCUGAUCGGAAUGUGGAUUAAACAGCGGGUUGUGUGCGCCCUGGUUGCCGGGUGUCUGCAUUACCUCUUCCUUGUCGUCUUCGUCUGGAUGUUCCUGGACAGUUUGCAGCUUUUCAUCACAUCCAGACACCUGACAGUCACCAAUUACACUCGCACACAUAUCAUCAAACGAAGAUACCUGUACGUUUCUGCUUAUGCUGUUCCUGCUGUGAUCGUCAUUAUCUCAGCAGCAAUAAAACCCGGAGGCUAUGGAACAGAGACCGACUGUUGGCUGAAGCACGAGUCGGGGUUUAACUGGAGUUUCCAGGGUCCGGUCUGUUUCAUGAUUCUGGUCAAUACAGUCCUUUUAUUUUCAACUCUCUACUUACUGAGACGCCAUUUCAACUCGCGCAACAAGGAGGUGUCGAAGCUUAAGGAAAUCAAAACCCUAACCAUUAAGGCUGCAGCACGAAUGUUUGUUUUGGGAUCCACGUGGAUCUUUGGAAUAUUUCAAGUUGAUAAGAGCACUGCAGUGUUCUCCCACUUAUUCACGGUCAUCAACAGUCUCCAGGGUCUGUUCGUUUUCCUUAUUUACUGCGUUUUCAAUCGCCGGGUGUUUGAUGAAUUACAGAAAUCGUUGACCAGUAAACAGAAAAGCAUCACCACAGAUUCCUCACAGAUGGAGAUGAACACGACUGAGGCUUGUAAAAGAUUCCAAGCAGAGGCCUACAAGACCCAAUGACAACAUUCUUCUCAGUGAAGCAACUUUUUUCAUUCUCAUUGGCCCUCACAGUGCAUCGUGCUCUGAAGAUUGUGGGUUCAAGACCCACUGUGAGCUGUGAGCUGCAUUGCAGGGCUGGUCACAACUCCAGAAUUAUAUGGCUUGUAUGCGCUUGUGAAAAGGCACAAUCUAACUUGACGUUUAAAAGUGUGAAUAUGUAAGUGAGUCUGUAUAGGAAUGUGUAUGAGGUUUGUUGUAAUUAUGAGUGUGAUUUUUAAUAGAUUUCAGUAUUUUUGCAACAUUUCCAAGUUUUGCACAGAUACCCUGUUAUUGGGUAACUUAUCACCUGAGAAGCAUCAUGCCUUCUCAUCUUCUGCCUUUAUAAGUGGAAAUUCACUGCCACUCUUGUGUGCUACAUCCCCUUUAAAACCAUCCGUAUAAGAAAUAUAUAAGAUAUUUUAAAAAUUAGAAUAAAGCUCUUUAUUUAUUAAUUUAUUCAUACCUGAAAAUCAUUGUACUAUUGAUCAAAAUUCAUAAAGUCAAAAUAUUUUAAAUAAAUAAAUCAUAUUAGUGUUAGUGCAAUGUCUAACAAUUAAAAGUGAAUGAGAUUUUGAACUGUAGAAAGAGGGUUGUACGUGGACUUUCACAUGCUGAGACCCCCCUGUCGUACCAGAGAGAUGGGUGUGGCAACACGAGCUACAGAGGUUACUUCAGGGGUCUGUCCUCGACUGAUCUGAAGACCCAUGAGAUGUGUUCUUGGUGCAGCCUGUUAGAUCAGCUCACUGCCCUCAGAGAUAAGUUCACUGUCUCCAAGCAAGGCUGUCUUUCAGCCCAAAUAUUCCCCACAACCAGCACGGCUCCUGGGUGCUGGGGCUGGAGGAUUCAAUGUCCAUUCUUCCCCACCAUUCCACCAAUGUCUGUUGUAGGAGGCCCAGUAGAACUGGAAUCUCAGGAAAUGAGAGAAGGAAUCUCCCUCUCGGUUGGUCCAUAGACCCUGUUUUUGGCCAGGUCAAAGCCUCCUUGCCCUAAGGAUACUCCCUCCAUUCUGUGAGUUGAGGUUCACCUACAGGGAAUUAUAGUGUUACAAAGGAUGAACAGCUCUGAUGGGCAGAAGGGUGCAAGGUUGCCCAUAUCCCCCUCCCCUGGGAGAAUUACAAACUGUUACUGUUGCCACGCUGCUCAUGAGAGAGAAUGAAAGAGAGACACAGAUAAGAGGAAAACAAGUUGGAACAUCUGCUGCUGAUAAUACCGGGGGAGAGAGACCAUAUUAUGACGCCUGUAAGACUCACGGCUCCGGAGAGGGCUGUUUACUUGGUACUAUUCUGUUCAUUAAAAUUCCUCAGUGGACAGCCAGAGUGGGCUGGUUUGAUGGACUAAGCCAUUCAAAGCUGAUUGAUACCUGAGACCCCGUGAGUAGGGAUAAAAGUGAGGUCUGGGGAGACACCCCUGAGAUGCACCAAGAGACACACUAGUGAGCACUGCUUAAGUGUUGGAACCCACGAGAAAGUGUGGGGCAUCGGAGACCGAAAGAAGGAUUGGUCAAUUUUAACUCAGUGUUUAGAGCGAGGCUGGUGGGGCGUUGUGUGUGUGUCCACCCUUGCCUGGGUGACAAGUCCACCAUAGAAGAACGGCCUAGCUAAAGGACAGAGGGGUCAUAUCUGAAUGGCCACAACAACACAUUGACGGAUCAAGAUCGUAAAGGAAGGUUUGACUGGCUGUCACUGUUUGCUCGCUCUCGCUCUCUCUCUCUCCAACAAUUACAACACAUCGACCAACAACUACCUCAACCUGUAUGAACUGAACUGAACUUUAUAUUCACAUAUGACAAUUCAUUAUCCCCUAGACAUCAGUAUAGCUUGUUUAUUAUUAUUAUUAUACCCACACUUUUAGGUUUAGUAUUGCU